AUGGGACUGCUUCAUGCCGCUGCUGCGCAUGGCCUGGACAGAGCGGUAGUACAACGUCCGUCGAUAUGUGGGAAGUGCGAUAGCUUCAACAAGGUAGCAGCAAUCACACGAAGGCAAUCGCCACCAGGCACCAACAAAGAUCACGAGAAAUUCGAGUCUCAAGCCCAAAGUGAAAUAGUCGUGGCCAUAGACAACAGUGGCACCACAGAAAUCUUCGCCAGCAGUAAAGCCGGCAUCGUGGCCUCCCGCUUCAAUAAUAACCAGCUCGCCGUGGCCGAUGGCCAGGUUAUAGUGCUGCACAAUACACGCCGCGGACAAGAUCGCAGCUGGGGACUUUCGGCUCACGACGAUGAAGUGCGCUUGCUGGAGAGCACUACUGACGGUUUCUUUCUCACCACGAAACUCACACACGGCAUCAUGCACUACGAUGCGAACCGAGGGUGCGUGGGCAGACCAUUACAGGUCCAUAAUGCGACCCCCGUCGCUAUGGCCUCCUCGAAGACGUUCAUGCUAUUGGCGUCCAAGGACCCACCAUUUGUCAGUCUGAAGAAUCUCACCACUGCACAGCCCGCAGUCUUAAUGCAGCCACGAGCAUCGGGCACAUCUAUCGUACUGGCUACCUUCCAUCCAAGUCGGCCCCACAUAUUCCUGCUUGGCUUUAGCGACGGGCUCAUAGCCGGCUAUAAUACUCGGAAGUGCGAAGAAGACGGCUACGAUGGCGAGUUCGGCCGGACGAAGAAGCUACACCGUGACCUUACCGCUUGUGCUUUUCUUCCUGGCCACGAAUCUCGGAUCGUAUCUGUAGGUCUGGACGGUCGAUGUCGUGUAUCAGACCUUAAGACCGGCAUUGCCAUCAGGACUUGGCACGUCAUGGCGCCUGUGACUUGCAUCUCGGCAGCAUCCGAUGGUACGAUCGCCAUCGGCCGGCUGGACGGAAAGGUGCGUCUGUACAGUGGUGUGGGCGUACUGCAGGCGGAGUGGGCAAUCGUGAAUGACGAGAGGGUCAUCAGCUUGGAGUGGGUAGCCGGCACGACACCUUUUGGUCGUCGGUUAAGCAAUAUACCAGUAAAGCGUAUCGAUGCAGCGCCUGGUGGUCUUGGUCUUCCGCAGGCAUUGAGGCAAGAUACCAGGUUCACCGUGCAUCCCGAUGAGCUUAGCCAGGGUACUGUGAUACACCGACCAGUGACAACGAGGCCAGCCAUACCUAUCCCCGCUGCAGAGCACCCUGACUUACUCUCAUCGCCUCAGCCCUUAAGACAUCGCACCAAGCCUCCACGACCACGAGUUACAGCUCGGACAUUCGUUUCAUCGCGACGCCAGCAAAAGGCAUGGCAUCCUGGCAAUGUGUUGGAGCGCGAGGUCACUUGGCUCACUGAUUCAGUCCAGGAUUCGUCUAUGCAUGAGCAGCAUAGCUUUGAUGGAGCUUGGCAGACGUCUGAUGAGGAGGCGCAGGAGGGCUGUAACGAGUCAGCGGUAGCGCCUAAGAAUGACAGGACGGUUGUGUUUGAACCGGCAUCCGAGGAUGUACGAGCGUUGUUUCCACGAACCUCGUCCUUAUCUCCUGCUCGACGAAGGAAGACUUCAAAACAGCCAGUUUCCCCCUGGAAUCGAGCCCGAACUGCGAAGUCACGGGUAGAUUCAGCGCAAGACGGUGGAGACGAGUUGCGAGAGAUGUUGGCAGCGCUCGAGAGUGAUCACAGGCAGUUAGGAGAGAAGGUCAAUUAUAUGCGGGCCUUGCUGCAGCGCAAAAGCUUGAUCUAG